AGAAGGCCAGCGCCGGACUCCAGGCCGAGUCAGAUCGUCCGGCAUGGGGGGCCUCCUGGUCAUCCUCUGGCUGGCCCCGGCCCUCCUUUCCCCGGGGACCGGCAUCCCCCUCCCCGGGAAGCCCCCCGCGGCCUCCAAGCUGCUCCUGGUGUCCUUCGACGGCUUCCGCUGGGACUACGAGAGGGACGUGGACACGCCCAACCUGGACGCCAUGGCGGCGGCGGGGGUCAAGGCCCUCCACAUGACCCCGGCUUUCGUCACCAUGACCAGCCCCUGCCACUUCACCCUCGUCACGGGCAAGUACAUCGAAAACCACGGAGUGGUGCACAACAUGUACUACAACGUCACAACCACAGUCAGACUGCCAUACCACGCCACGCUGGGUAUCGAAAGGUGGUGGGACAAUGGGUCCCUGCCUAUCUGGAUUUCUGCCCAGAAACAGGGGCUGAAGACAGGCUCCUUCUUCUACCCCGGCGGCAACGUGACCUACCAGGGUCAGCCUGUGACCCAAAGUCGGAAGGAGGGGGUGGGCCACAAGUACAACAACGAGACGGAGUGGAGGCAGAACAUCGACACGGUCCUCCGCUGGUUCGUCCAGGAUGACCUGUCCCUGGUCACCCUCUACUUCGGCGAGCCGGACUCGACGGGCCACAAGUACGGGCCCGACUCCCCGCAGAGGAGGAGCAUGGUAGCCCAAGUGGACCGCACGGUGGGCUACCUGAGGGACCGGAUCGAGAGCAGCGGGCUCCGGUCCGUCCUCAACCUCAUCAUCACCUCGGACCACGGCAUGACCACGGUCAGGAAGAAGGCCGACGACCUGGUGGAGUUCCACAAGUUCGAGAAUUUCACCUUCCGGGACAUCGACUUCGAGCUCCUGGACUACGGGCCCAGUGGGAUGCUGUUGCCCAAAGAGGGGAUGUUGGACCAGGUCUACGACAUUUUGAAGGACGCCCACCCGAGGCUGCAUGUCUACAAGAAGGAGGACUUCCCCAGAAAGUUUCACUAUGCCAACAAUUCCCGGAUCACCCCACUGGUCAUGUAUAGUGAUCUCGGCUACGUCAUCCACGGGAGAAUCAACGUCCAGAACAACAACGGCGAACACGGCUUUGACAACGGGGAGAUGGACAUGAAGACCAUCUUCCGAGCCGAGGGUCCCAGGUUCAGGAAGGGGCUCGUGGUGGAGGGCUUCGAGAGUGUCCACGUCUAUGAGCUCAUGUGUAAAAUUCUGGGCAUCAUACCCGAAGAAAACGAUGGCUCCCUCAAUGUCACUCUGCCCAUGCUCAUUCAAGAUGAUGUGAUCCCAGAGGCAACAGAGAAGCCACCACCCAAUGGGGCUUCUCUCCCGCUGACUGGACAGUUGGCCCUGCUGCUGGGGCUUGCGGUGGCCAGGGGAACCCUGGGCAACUGGGUUUGAUGGCUGCACGGUAUGGAGGCCAACCCAGCACCUCUGACAAGCACUUUCACUGAAGUCUCACAGGACCAUCAAUUUCCACUGGUGUUGACUGAGCGCUAACAGUAGAACUGGAAUGAACGCUGGGGAGACUCUGGACAAACUAAAGCACUCUGCCCCUGCCCUCGAUAACCUUCCCAUCUAAAGGAACCCUAGCAGGCAUAAAUUAUUUUCAAAAAGGAGGAGCGGGAGGAAGCACACGGAAUUGCUAAAAUCAAGAGA